UCGUGUGUACUAAAAAGUAGCAGCGCCGCCAAACAAAAGACUUAAGUCGCAAACCCGGUAAAGAAAAUAGCGAAAAACGUUGAAACUGGAAAAAUACAAUUAAUUAAAAUACAAAUUUACACUUACAUACUUUACUUGUGAACUGUGCUAAUUUUGGCGGUUGCCAAAAAAAUUGCAAAUAAGUAAUUUGCGUGAGAACAGUGAGUUUGAACAAAGUGAAGUGAGGAGCUCAAACGAGUUUUGGCAUUUAAACAAAUCCAAGGAUAUUAGUGCAAGGAUAAUUUAUUUUUUGCUGAAAGCGGACCUUCAGUAAUAUCUUGCUCGGACUGUUUGCAGUAUUUCGUCAACACUUUGAAGUUGUUCCAGCAUAAAUUUCUUGGAAAAAAUUAAAAAACCCUGAAAAAAAUGAUGUCGCUAAAAUCAUUGCUUUUUAUUAGCUCCACAAUCGCCGUCAUCGCCUGCGUUUGCGCGCAACUCGCUCCCGGCUCAAAUAUGUACCUGCCACCAAAGCCAAAUGGCUACAAUUAUCCAGAGCCCACCAAUCCACUGCGACCUGGCACACCAAGCGGCCCUGGACCCCGCCCACCAGGCCCACCACGUCCACCAGGCCCACAGCGUCCAUCGCCACCAGGACCUGGCGAGCCUGGUCACGUCCACGUUCCCGGCAUGCCAUUCGACUUCGAGUACGCCGUCAAUGACAUUGACACCGCCAACGACUAUGCCCACAAAGCUUCAAGCAAUGGUGAUGUGGUGACUGGCGAAUACCGCGUCGCACUGCCCGAUGGCCGCACACAGGUCGUGCGCUACACAGCCGACUGGAAGACGGGCUAUCAUGCGGAUGUCAGCUACCAGGGUGAGCCGCAAUAUCCACAAGGUCCCGGUGGUCGACCUGGCUACAAGUAUUAAGCAACAAUGGAUAUUGGAGCGACUGAAGCACACCUUUGCACGGACACAAAAACACUCACACGACCGCACACACUCAGCUGCAAUACCUGCUACAGCAACUGCCACAACAACAAACUAACAAACUUCUCCUAAAGAAGAUGCGAUGAUCGAGCGACGAAAUUUUGUUUUUUGGAAAUGAGAAAUUUUUUAACUGCCAAUUUUUGGGGAAUUUUAUAAACUUAUGAGAAUUUUUA